UCGCUCAAUCGGCUUCUAACAAGGAACCAACCCUCCAUAGCUACGCAACAUGCUACAACUCAAAUCUGACUAACCUUACUUAAUCGAGGUAGGCCUGAGCAAAUCACCACAAUUACAGAUGCCAUGGAAGAUACCUAGUCCACUCGUAAAGUCAUAGAGAAAGAUCACAACAGCAUGUUUCUCCAGAAUACAGAAUGAGGGCACACUGUGGCGGGUCUGUUUCCCCAAUGACCCGCUCGCUACAAACAGCAUUACUUGUGGGGCAAUUAGCGCUCACCUCGAUUGGCCCCUGGAUUGGUCUGUGUUGCGCGGUUGGGGUGCACCUCCAGCUUCGCGGUCUGAUUGACCGUCUGUUGGCUGUCGCGCAACUUCAUCGCGAUAUCAGUUUAUCAUUAGGGUCCGCACGUUAAUCCCUUCCAGCCAGAAAACAUCUUAUAUCUGUCCGAACCACCCAGGCCCAAACUCGAAGCCCAAAAUGGCGACCAAAAAGGAUAUGCGCAGGGCAGAUUUGAUUGUGCCGUACCAGGCGCCGGCUCCCAAGGCCGACGGCGCCGAUAUCCAGUCCACAAUUUCCUCGACCCUGCCAAUGGCUGCUAUUUUCAUGAGGAACCGCUUCAUCGGAUGGGCUGCGGUUGUGUUCAGUUUACAGAGCUGGCUGGGUGAGAGCGAAGAGUCGAAGAACAAUUCGGCAACCCCUGGCUACUUUGGCGUUGGCAUGUCGCUCAUGUCCCUUGUUGUCUGCUACUUGCCGAUGUUCCUUCCUCCCCAAGCCGGUGGCCUAAAUCGCGGAGCUACGGGAACCAAUGCUCCUCCCCCGGUCCCUCCGUCAUAGAAAAGUCGAGGCUUGAUUUGCUGGCUCUGUAUAAUUCAGGUAAUCUUCUGCUAGUACAGAAUGAUAUAUAACUUAUCGUGAACGGGAGGAAUAGCUCGGCGAAGUAAUAAAUGGUAACUGUACAUACAGCACUGCUUUAGGUUUCAUGAGAAAAAGAAGAGAAAAAAAACACGAAGUGAUUUCACCGUCUGUCCCGACGCUAAUGCGCAAUCCCCUCUGUCCUUUGU